AUGGCAGCAAAGGCAGUUCUGCCUAGGAGGGCCGAGCCCGCUGAGUUGAAAGCCAUUUUUGAAAAGUAUGCUGCCGUCAAGAAGAAUGACGAGCGCUUCAUGUCACCACAUGACUUUGUGAGCCGUUUCCUCCAUGCCCACACAGACAUCCAGCUUUCAGACGAGGCCUCGAAGCUGCUGGCUGGAGUGGUGGAUCAGAAGAAAGAUGGGUUGAUCUCCUUUCAGGAGUUUGUUGCGUUCGAGUCGGUGCUGUGUGCCCCGGACUCCCUCUUCAUGGUGGCCUUCCUGCUGUUUGAUAAAGCAGGCAGUGGAAUGACCAGCUUUGAGGAUGUGAAGCAGGUCUUCAGCCACACCACCAUCCACCAGCACAUCCCCUUUAACUGGGACUGUGAGUUCAUACGGCUGCACUUUGGCACACGGAGGGACAAGCGGCUCAGCUACGGAGAGUUCACCCAGUUUCUCCUGGAGAUGCAGCUGGAACAUGCGCGGCAGGCUUUUAUCCAGCGGGACCAAGCCCACAGUGGCUCCAUCUCAGCCCUGGACUUCAGGGACAUCAUGGUCACCAUCCGGCCGCACAUGCUCACAUCCUUCGUGGAGGAAUGCCUCGUGGCGGUUGCGGGUGGCACAACCUCUCACCAGGUCAGCUUUUCAUACUUCAACGGCUUCAACUCGCUUCUCAACAACAUGGAGCUGAUGAGAAAGAUCUACAGCACUCUGGCGGGCCACCGCCGGGAUGUGGAAGUCACCAAAGAGGAGUUCAUUGUCGCAGCUCAGAGGUUUGGUCAGGUGACACCCAUGGAGGUCAACAUCCUCUUUCAGCUGGCUGACCUGUCAGAGCCCCGUGGAUGUGUUGGUUUAGUGGACAUUGAGAGGAUCGCUCCGCUGGAGGAAGGCGCCCUUCCCUACAACUUGGCUGAGGUCCAGAGACAGCAGUUGGGCAGUGACGUCUCCCGCCCCGUCCUCGUCCAGGUGGCAGAGUCGGCCUACAGGUUCACCCUUGGCUCAGUGGCAGGGGCUGUGGGUGCCACAGCAGUGUACCCCAUUGAUCUGGUGAAGACACGCAUGCAGAACCAGAGGAGCAGUGGCUCCCUGGUGGGAGAGCUCAUGUACAAGAACAGCUUUGAUUGUUUCAAGAAGGUGGUCCGCUACGAGAGCGUGUUCGGCCUUUACAGAGGUCUUGUACCACAGCUACUGGGUGUGGCGCCCGAGAAAGCCAUAAAGCUCACAGUGAAUGACUUUGUGCGAGGAAAGACCAGACAGAAAGAUGGAAAAGUGCCAUUCGGAGCUGAGCUCCUGGCCGGUGGAUGUGCUGGUGGCUCCCAGGUGAUCUUCACCAACCCUCUGGAGAUUGUAAAGAUCCGUCUGCAGGUGGCAGGAGAGAUCACCACGGGGCCGAGGGUCAGCGCCCUGUCCGUCAUCAGGGGCCUCGGCUUCUUUGGACUUUACAAGGGUUCCAAGGCCUGUUUCCUGAGGGACAUUCCCUUCUCAGCCAUCUACUUUCCCUGCUACGCCCACCUCAAGGCUCACCUCAGUGAGGCGGACGGGAGGAUCGGACCAGCCAAGAUGCUGUUUGCUGGAGCGCUGGCAGGCAUGCCAGCGGCCUCUCUUGUGACCCCAGCUGACGUGAUCAAGACCAGGCUACAGGUGGCGGCACGCGCCGGUCAAACCGCCUACAGCGACCUUGUGGACUGUUUCUGGAAGAUUCUCAGAGAAGAGGGGCCCCAGGCUUUCUGGAAAGGAGCUGGAGCUCGCGUGUGCAGAUCCUCGCCUCAGUUUGGAGUGACCUUGGUGACCUAUGAACUCCUGCAGCGCUGGUUCUAUCUCGACUUCGGAGGACAAAAGCCGGCUGGCUCAGAGCCCACCCCAAAGUCUCGGAUCAGCCUGCCGGCGCCCAACCCCGACCACAUCGGAGGCUUCAGGUUGGCCGUGGCCACGUUCGCUGGCAUCGAGAGCAAGUUCGGUCUCCAUCUCCCACGCUACAACGGCGGCGUCGGCAGCAUCAGAGGCCCUCUCCGAUGCGAGCGCCCCCCUGAACCUCCGUGGGUAGAUGGGGGGGAGUGA